AUGAAGGAAAAAGGAAAAUAUGAAGACCAUGUUAUAAAAAAACAUAAUAAAACAAUAAAAGAUAGUACUAAAAAAAAAAUAAAUAAAGAGAAAAAAAAAAUUAAUUCUUAUGAUAAUGAUUAUAGUGACCAUACUAGGAAUUAUAGACAUGGAAAUAAAAAUAAGGAUGAUAAGUAUUGGAGUUAUAAUAAUAAAAGUGUCUACUAUUAUCCAUCAAAAAAAACUGAGAAUAUAGAAAAUGCCAGUGAUAGUUCAGAUCACUGUUUAAAAAAUAAAAAAAAACAUAUCCAAAGAUCAAAUUCUUUGGAUGAAAAUGAUUACAAAAAUAGUAAAGGUAAUAAUAAGAGUAAAAUGAAAAAACUAGGAUUUUCAUAUAACUCAUUUAAUUAUUUUAAUGAUAGUAUUGAAAAAAAUAAAUUAUCUCAUAAAUAUAUUGUUGAAGAAAAACUAAAAUAUGAAAAGGAUGUAUUUGAAAAGGCUUACGGAUUAUCUUUACAGAGUGAUGAGUAUUUUGAUAAUUUUUUAUUUGAAACAAAAAGUGGUGAAAAACAUAUAAAUAAAAAUACUGGAAAAACAUCAAUGCAGUAUGAAUGUUAUAGUUGCAAAGCAAAAAAUUAUUAUUCAAAUGUCCAAUGUUAUAAAUGUAAAAAGCUACGAAAAAAAUAG